AGAGUACAUGUUUCAAAUCGGCCGGCCAAUUGGCAAAAUUGGCUGGCGAACAAUAAAACUACUGCUGUCCAUAUAGACCGUCCAAUGUUUGCAAUCGACGGUCAGCAUCUCAAGGACUUUCACAGUCCUUAGGGUUCAUAGCAGAAGGCCAUAAAAACAGCGGACUCCGUUGAGACGUAGAUUCUCUCUCUCGAUCGAGAGAGAGAGGGAGAGAAGACUUGGAAGUGAACUAACAAGGUAAUUGCAUCCAGAGAGAGAAAGAGAGAGAGGGGAAGAAGAGGCAUGGCUGGAUCCAGGAGAAGUUACAGGAAAUCGAGGCCAAAGGUUAGGGUUGGUCUUCCCAAGAGGCAUCCUAAUGUCUUCAAGCCCUCCUUCUCCAUCCCCCCAAAGCUCCGUACCUUCUCCAGGGGAGAUUGGGAUGAAAAAGGAACGGUUUUGGAGAAUUACCGGUCUUUUGGGGUUGUAUCGAACCCUAAUUUGCUUGGAGCUCAAGCAAGGACUACUCAUAUUAUCGAGAGUGAUGCAUUGCAAGUCCCACCACCAAAAAAGGAAUAUUAUCAGAACAAUGAUGGUAUUUCACCUCCAAAUGAUCCAGAGUUUGAGCCAAUUGAUAGUGGCAGUGAUCUCGAAGAAGACGAUUUGAAAGAAGCACUUCGGAAGAAACGAAGAGAUGGGAAAGUUGCACCACCUCAACCAUUGACAAGGAUUCAGCGUGUUUAUAUCAGUCGAUUGAUCGCCAAGUAUGGUGAUGACUAUGAGAAAAUGUUCAUGGACAUCAAGCUAAAUGCGAUGCAACACACAGUUGCAGAGUUGAAGAAACUAUGCAAAAGGUACUACAUACCGAAUAUGAAAGCGAAAGAAAAUUGCAGUAUUGUUGCUCAUUCCGAGGGCGCUUGAGAGAAGGAACCAGCAAUUACUAGGGCCUUUACCCGUAAUCUGUAGUUUGUAGUCUGUACUAUAUGCGGCUAAGCUUAGAAAGUGGAUAUCCAUGUUUCCAUGUCACUAGACAUAAAUCAGACUUUUGAGAGAAAUGCAAAGAAAAUGCUUAAUUGAGUAUAAGUGCAGAAUUUUGAAGUGUAGAAUUUCAUUAGACAUCUGAAGGAAAAUUUGCGAAUAUGCUCUUAAUUAUGCUCGA